GCUUCAAUAUGGCUGAACAAAGUGAAGUGUCAUCCCCUCCAGAGGACGUUACUGAAGUUACAGACAAUGCAACAGUACAUUCCGAUUCUCAGACAGAAGAGCCCAAGGAGGAAAGCGUUUGCGAGGAAGGCAAGGCCACCUCCUGUGGCGUAACUGAGGAAGUUGAUACAAGUAGACCAGUUCAACAAACAGAACAACUUAAAAAGACUACAUUAUUCACACCAGCAGACCUGUUCAGAUUUCGUCAACUCUUAGUGUCCACGACGGAAAAACUACGUCGUCUGGAGACUGCGGAGGAGAAGAAUGAGUCGAGAAUCCAGGAGCUUGUUGUCAGUAAUCACACGCUGAACAGGGAGAAGGAAGAUUUGCUACAACAGCUGAAGCUGAAGGAACAAGAGUAUGAGCAGAGACUGGAGGACUUGAGACAUGAGUGUGAGGACAGGCUGCACCGUGCUGAUGUAGACAAGACUUCUUCUGAAGUGAAGAAGAAAGUAACAAAAGAAAUGCAGAACAGGAUGAAGGAAGAGCUGAAACAAAUGCAGGUAAAGGCGUACCAACAAGACAAGCAGAUCUCGGAGCUGCAGUCUCAACUGGCGUCUCAUCACAACAGUUCGGAUGUGGCCCUGGCACACUGGACACAGAUGGACGUGCGGCUCAAGGAACUGGGCGGUCAGUACCUCAAGGCUGCCGAGUCGCUGGCCAGGCUGGAAAGGGGUG